AUGGAGCCAAUUGCCUUGAAUGAAAGGAUGGCUAGGUGGCAAAUUUUAUUUUCUGAAUUUGACAUAAUCUACACGAGUCAAAAAGCUGUAAAGGGAAGCGCAAUAGUAGAUUUUUUGGCCAGCCGAGCUUUAGAAGAUUAUGAACCCUUGAAUUUUGACUUUCCCAAUGAGGAGAUAGUGUAUGUGGCAGUCGCUGAAGAGGACACUAUAAAGGGUCACUUUUGGAAGUUGAAUUUUGAUAGAGCCUCAAACGCUGUGGGUAAUGGAGUUGGGGCAGUUCUGGCAGCUAUAGAGCACAAGAUCAAGGUGAUAGAAGUAUAUGGAGAUUCUGCGCUAGUAAUUUACCAACUUCGAGGUGAAUGGGAGACAAGAGAUGCUAAACUAAUCAAUUAUAGAAGGCUGGUGUUGGGGUUAGUUGAAGAGUUUGAUGAUAUUACUUUCAAUUAUCUCCUUCGCGAUGAAAACCAGAUGGCAGAUGCUUUGGCUACUUUGGCUUCCAUGAUCAAAGUAAACAGACAAGAAGAUGUGAAGCCCAUUCAGAUGAAUAAAGCCAUGGAGAAUGACAAAAGAACGUUGAGAAGGCUCACCUGUGAUUAUGUUUUAGAUGGAGAGAUCCUAAACGAAGGUGAAGGAAAACCUUACCAUGCGAGCAGGCCAUGGAUUUCUUCUCCUUUCUUCGUUGAAAUCGAAGUUGAGGAGGGAUUUCGGGUUGAGAUUUCUCCAGAAUCAACGAGCACCAUCUGUGAAGAUGGAUCAGUGAUUAGGGAGGGGGAUCUAACGGCGCCAUCCAUCAAUUGUGAUGUUGAAAGCGGUGGUCGAAUGGGAGUAAAUCCUUAG